AUGGCCACCCACUUCUCCCAACUCAGCCUACACGAUGACCACCCCUAAUGCACUCCCCCUUGCCUGCUGCUUCCCUAUCCUGGGAGCCUAAGUCCUGAGGCCCUCAGGCUGCUGAGGCUGGUAGAUAGCCCCAGUCCCUACUACCCUGCAUCCCCAGCUGAGGAUAGCAGAGAGCUCUAA